UUCAGUUUCAGUAGCUCCGGUGGGUGGAAAUUGAAUGUGGAAUCUGGAUGGUGCAUAAAAAAGACUGCUGAAUAUUUUCUACUUUAAGAACUGAAUAUAUUUGAAUGUAAAAUUGUUGUGUUAAAAAUGAUACAAAUACUUUUUUUAGGUCUUUUUUUCCAGUCAUCUCUAGCUCUCUACCCUAGUAGUGGAAAUGUAGUUGAAUUAACACCAAGUAAUUUUGAUAAAUUGGUGGUCAAAGGAGAUGAAGUGUGGGUGGUUGAAUUCUUUGCUCCUUGGUGUGGCCAUUGUAAGAAUUUAGUACCAGAAUAUAUCAAAGCAGCCAAUGCUUUAAAAGGCAUUGUGAAAGUUGGAGCAGUAGAUGUAGACCAGCACAAAGAAUUAGGAGGUCAGUAUGGAAUUAGAGGAUUUCCUACUAUAAAAAUUUUUGGGGCAGAUAAACGUAAACCUGAAGAUUUUAAUGGUGGUAGAACUGCCAAAGAUAUUGUUGAAGGUGCACUUAAGGCAGCAAAAGCUAAAGCAAAUCUUGGUUUAGGUGGAUCACAGUCUGAUGAUUCUGAUAAUAGCCAUGUAAUUGAAUUGACUGAUAGCAAUUUUGAAAAGCUAGUACUGAAAUCUGAUGAUAUGUGGCUAGUAGAAUUUUUUGCACCUUGGUGUGGGCACUGCAAAAACCUUGCUCCUCAUUGGUCUAAAGCUGCAGCUGAACUUAAAGGCAAGGUAAAACUUGGAGCAUUAGAUGCAACUGUUCAUCAAGCAAGAGCAUCACAAUAUGGAGUACAAGGAUAUCCAACAAUCAAAUUCUUUGCCCCAGAUGCAAAAGAUUCUCCUACAGAUUAUGAUGGUGGUCGCACAUCAAGUGAUAUUGUUAACUGGGCUUUAGAAAAGUUAGCAGAGAAUAUUCCAGCACCAGAAGUAACUCAAAUUUUAGAUGAUAAGUCAUUCAAGAAAUUGUGUGAAGAUAAACCUCUGUGUGUAGUUGCUGUUCUUCCUCACAUCUUAGAUUGUCAGUCUGAAUGUAGAAAUAAUUAUAUUAAGAUGCUUAAUGGUAUUGGAGAAACAUUCAAGAAGAAGAUGUGGGGAUGGGUCUGGUCUGAAGCAGGUACACAACUUGAUUUAGAGACUUCCCUUGAUAUUGGUGGAUUUGGGUAUCCAGCUAUGGCUGUUAUUAACUCGAAAAAAAUGAAAUAUUCCAUUCUCCGUGGAUCUUUUUCCAAGGAUGGUAUUUAUGAAUUUUUAAGAAAUUUAUCAUAUGGUAAAGGCAACACUGCUCCUGUAAAGGGCCAACAGCUUCCAAAAAUAAACAAAAUCGAACCUUGGGAUGGCAAGGAUGGUGUACUUCCAGAGGAAGAGGAUAUUGAUCUCUCCGACAUAGAUUUAGAUGAGAAAGAAGAGUUGUAAAUGUUUUAUAUUUAAAUUUACGUAUCAAGUACUGCUGUGUAAGGUUGGAUUAAAUCAAUUUCCAAAAUAUAAUUUUUUUAAUCAAAACCAGUA